AGUUCUUUGUUUUCUAUCUCUUUCUUUUUCUUUUCUGGUUUAAAAACACAGCGCUGCAGAGAGUUUCAGAGAACUCAGAAAACGAAAACGAAAAACGAAAUCGAAGUUGGGUUUUUGUUCUUUCGUUUUCCUUCUUUUUUUGAUUUUCGUCUUCAUCGUCUUGGUGUUCUCCGAUGGCCUCCAAUGAGGAGCAUCCGCAGCCGGCGACGCUGCCGCCGUACUCCGAGAUGAUCAUGGCGGCGAUCGAUGCUCUGGAUGAGAAGAACGGGUCGAGCAAGUCGGCGAUAUCGAAGUACGUGGAGUCCACGUACGGGGAGCUGCCGCCGUCUCACCCGUCGUUGCUGGCGGCGCAUCUGGUCAGAAUGAAAGAGAGCGGGGAGCUUGUCAUGGUGAAGAACAACUACAUGCGGCCAGGGCCGGAUGCGCCACCGAAGAGAGGGCGGGGACGGCCGCCGAAGCCGAAGGUCCCUCUACCACCCGGGGCGGCACCGCCGACGCCUCGCCCGCGUGGUCGGCCUCCUAAAGCUAAGGACCCACUUGCGGCGGCAGUCGCCAAGGCCGCCAGUGGCCUCCCAAGGCCACGUGGCCGGCCGCCGAAGAAGACCCGCCCGACCGUAGCUGGUGCCGGUUCGGCCUCUUCCGGAGCCGCUCCUCCUCCCUCUGGGGUUAAGCGCGGGCGUGGUCGACCUCCCAAGGUGAAACCCCAGUUCGCUGAUGUUGGUUUUGCUUGAUGGGAGCUCGUUGCUAAUGAAUGACCUUUAAUCCUUUGUUUCUUUGCUUGUUGACUCAGUGUUGUUUUCUUGAGUUUUUUUUUUCUUCUUUUUUUAAUUUUUCUGAGUGGUUCUUUUAGGAUCUCUGGACUUUGGUAGGUUGGUGGUGGAUGUGUUGUAACUCUUGUGCGUGUACAUUAGGCCGGCUGUUGUUGAGAACAACUGUGAUAUUUAUAAUGACCGAUUGAAGUUAGUAGUGUUCUGAUC